AUGUACCCAUUCAAUCCCACGACAUAUGAUAUCGCUGAGCAAGGAACGAGUGAUGAGCACCUGGAUUACGCCUAUGCUACCCAGAAUGUACUAGACCGUCAUCUAGCAUCGGCAAAUACUGUCCCAGCAACGCAGGGAGGCUCCCAGGUUGAUCCAUCUUUGCUGCGCAGUUCUUUUCCAAUAGGACAGGAUGAGGCAGGCAGUCUCUAUGAUGCCUUUCUUACUCCACGAGAACAAGAAACACACCAUCGAUCUCCUAACAAAAGCCAAUCUGAACUGUUAGCACCGGUCCUUCAGAUGCUGUCCGAGGUGCUAGGUCAGAAGACGGAUGGGAAGGCAAACGGAAGCGUCCAUGAACAAGCCAGCGAGCAGAAUGGCGGAGGAGCUGAUGAUGGUGGUGACGCACAGGUGAAGUAUUUAAGGCAGAAGGUUGACAGGCUUACUUCACGGGUCGACGCCAUGGAAAGUAGACUUCAACAACUGUUUAUGCUCACUGUGCUAAAGGACUUUCUGGAUCACGAGCAGGUGAUAAGGUUCUAUCAGCAUCAGUUAGAGCUUCGCCUUAGGGAGGACAACGCUCGUUUCCAGCAGGAGCAGAAUCUCAACGACCACUUGGAACAAAGAUUGCUAGAUAUGCAGUGGAUAAACUACCAUCUCGAUGCUCGUAUUACCCAGAUGUCUGAGAGGACAGAAACACUUCAACAGGAUUUAGUAUUGGAGCGAGCAAAAUCCCAAGAUUUGGAGUGCCGCGUGGCGACCUUAUCUAUGAUCAACCAUUCCCUCAUGAAUUCAUCGACAGCAACAAUAUCCGCUACCAGAAAUGCUCUAGACAAUUCAACAGAUCCUUCUCAAUUAUAUCUCGAAAAUAAGAGCUACCAGGAAACUAUCAAGGAUCUUCGGACAACGGUCAUGUUAAAGGAGGAAGUUAUACAAACGCUCCAAUCAACUAUACAGUUAGCCCUCGGUCUAUACUCCCCUUACUCUCCGGCCGAUCAAAGCGAUGGCUCAACCACAGUCAUAGACCAAAAAGAUGAAUAUGGUAAUAGUGACGCCUGUGCUCCCCUCAACAUAACAGUUGGCUGCUACGUGGAGGGAACAAAUGAGCACAUGAUUGGAAAAGCCGCAUUGGAGAUGGAUGGGAUUGAGUAA